GAAAAUCAAAAAAAAAAAAAACCACACACGAAAGUCUUCGCCAUAAUUGCAUAAUUAACAAUCAAUUAAUGAGCUUUAAUCAAAACCCCGCCACCUAAAAAGUCUUCAACCCACCAAAUAUUCCCAACAUCACAAUCACCCUCCUCCCUCUAUUGCCUGCUUCCGCGCACCGCCCUCCCUCUAUGUACUCUUCCCUCCGAUGAGUUCCCGUCACCGCCCCCUCCUCCCCCUCCUCCUCUUACUCCUACUCUCCUACGCCGGUAACUCUACCGACCCCUCUCAAUGCUCCUCCCUCCUAAACCUGAAACGAUCCUUCACCUCUGCAGACCUCGGCACGUGGCAGCCAGACACGGACUGCUGCGGGUGGGACGGCGUCCUCUGCGACCCAGUCUCGGGCCUGGUCACCGCCCUCGACUUAAGCCACCGCGUCAUCGCCGGUAAGCUCACCGCAGGUCUCUUUAAUAUCACCUCCCUUCGAAAGCUCAACCUUGCGUAUAAUGUGUUUGAUGAAAUUCCUAUUCCGAAUGAAAUUGGGUCGCUUUUAAAUUUGACCCAUCUUAAUUUAUCAAAUGCUGGGUUUGCUGGGCAAGUGCCCAUUGGGAUUGCGAAGUUGACGAACUUGGUGUCGCUUGAUUUGUCGACGAUUUCCUUGUUUCAGAGUUCUCUUAGUCUUGUGAAUCCUAAUCUUGGAACUUUGAUUGGGAAUUUGAGUGAGUUGAGAGAGUUGUAUCUUGAUAGUGUAAACAUUUCGGCAAAUGGGCAUCGGUGGGGCGCAGCGGUGGCGAAAUCUACUCCGAAACUGACAGCUUUGAGCUUGACGAGCUGUUCGAUCACUGGGCCUAUUGAUUCUUCACUCUCGAAGUUGAGCAAUUUGUCGGUGGUUCGAUUGGAUCAGAAUGAGUUGAAUUGCAGUGUGCCUGAUUUCUUCGGAAAGUUGUCUUCUUUGAGUGUGGUUAGUCUCAGUUUUUGUGGGCUUACUGGAUUUUUCCCAAAGGAUGUGUUUGUCUUGAAGAACUUGACAAAUAUUGACUUGUCGAAUAAUCUGAUGCUUUCUGGGUCAUUGCCAGAUAUCUUUAGUGACAGUAGGUUGAAUAGUUUGGUGCUAUCCGGGUCGAAUUUUUCUGGGUAUUUGCCGAAUUCUAUAGGGAAGCUGAAAUCUCUGACAAGAAUGGAUCUUUCCAAUUGUCAAUUUUCAGGAGUCAUACCCUUUUCAGUAGGCAGCUUAAGCCAAGUGGUUCAUUUGGAUCUAUCGAUGAAUAAUUUCACUGGUCCAAUCCCUUCUCUUCUGCCACCAAGAGUGUCUGAGCUGAUACUUUCACACAAUAGGCUGACUGGUCCUAUCCCUUCAUCUAUCGGAAAGCUUGAGCAUGCAGUGAAGAUUGAUUUUUGUUAUAAUUUUCUCUCUGGGAAAAUCCCCGCAUCUCUAUUUGCUCUCCCAUUGUUACAAGAAGUGCAAUUGAGUAUGAACCAACUUUUGGAUGUUGAAGAAUUAAAAAAUGGAUCAUCUCACUUGGCAACUGUGGAUUUGAGCAACAAUCUAUUGCAAGGAGAGAUUCCAAGGUCAGUCUUUCAGCUCUCGGGGCUUAAAGUUCUUAACCUCGCAUCGAAUAAUUUUAGUGGGACAGUCGAAGUUGAUUGGUUUACCGCUCUUAGUAACCUCUCGAGUCUGGAUCUAUCAAAUAAUAGGAUUUCGGUAGAGGAUAAGGGUGGUAAUGGUUCUAUCCCCAAAUUUGGCACGUUGAUGUUAGCUACUUGCAAUUUGACCAGGAUUCCAAGUUUCUUAAUGCAUCAAGAUCAGAUGGGCAUCUUAGACCUCUCAAACAAUAAAAUUCAUGGUGCAAUACCCAAUUGGAUAUGGAAUAUUGGGAAGAAUAGUCUGACGUAUUUAAACCUCUCUUUCAACAUGUUCACCUCUGUUGAAGGUCCUCUUCCAAAUUUCAACAAGAAUACACCAAUAAUUCUUGAUCUCCAUUCGAACUUGCUCAAAGGGCCUAUACCACUUCCCCCAACAAAUACCAUCGUUCUUGAUUACUCAAACAACAAUUUCUCAUCUUUUAUUCCACCAAAACUCACCUCCUACCUUAAUUUUACCAUUUUCUUUUCACUUGCUCACAAUAACAUAACGGGAGAGAUUCCACCAUCAAUUUGUAAUGCAAUCAAUCUCCAAGUCCUUGAUUUCUCUGACAACAAUUUGAAUGGUUUGAUACCUCCAUGUCUUUUGGAAAGUUAUAAUGAACUCCGAGUGCUAAACUUAGGAGAAAACCAUCUUCGAGGAAGUAUUCCUUGGAACAUUAGUGAAGAAUGUGGGUUAAGAACAAUAAAUUUCAAUAAUAAUCAUUUGGAAGGGAAUGUACCUAAAUUAUUGACCAGAUGCAAUGAGCUCGAGGUUCUUGAUCUUGGAAGCAAUCACAUAAAUGGGUCUUUUCCCUUUUGGCUUGAGAGCAUUGAUUCCCUUCGAGUUCUCAUCCUGAGAUCAAAUGAACUCCAGGGAACUAUUGGUACUACUCCAGGCUCUAAUUCACAUAACAAACCCUUCUCGAUGCUUCAAAUCUUUGAUAUCUCCUCUAAUUACUUCAGUGGCACUCUUCCAUUAGAUUGCUUCAAGAAUUUGAAGGCAAUGAUGCAUUCUGAUUCAAAUAUCUCGACGCUGCAAUUUGAGUACAUGAAGUUGGAUCCCUCCUACUAUCAGAACACGGUUACAGUUACAAGUAAAGGGCGUGACAUGACGCUAGUAAGGAUAUUGACGAUCUUCACAUCACUUGAUUUCUCGAACAACAGCUUCCGAGGCAAUAUACCAGACAUUAUUGGGGAUUUUGUUUCCCUUGAAGUGCUAGACUUUUCUGACAAUGAACUUACAGGAAAUAUUCCUUCAUCAAUUGGAAAUUUGAUGCAACUUGAGUCAUUGGAUCUCUCAGGGAAUUUUCUCUCUGGUGAGAUUCCUAUGACACUAAGUAAUCUCACUUUCCUCUCGUUCUUGAAUCUUUCAAGCAACAACUUGAUGGGCAGAGUUCCUCAAGAAAAUCAGCUCUCUACAUUCACAAAUACGUCUUUCGAAGGGAAUGAAGGUUUAUGUGGUGACCCGUUAACAAAGCAGUGUGACAAUUCAAGUGCAAAUCCAAACCGUAGAGCUUUUGUGCCUGCGUCUGAAGUAAAUUGGUAUUUUGUGUUCAUAGGGUUAGGAUUCGGAGGGGGGUUGGCUAUGGUGAUUGGAAUUAUAACGUUUUGGGAGAAAGGGAGAAAUAGGUACAAUAAGAAGGUUGAUGGGCUUCUUGAUCCUGUUCUUGUUUUUGCAUUUUCGCUAGUCUGUGAUUACUUCAGAGAUAGGAGAGUUGGAGCUGAGGAGGUGGUGGACUGUGAUUCUAAGGAGAUCGAUCAUGGAAGAAGGUUUUGUGUGUUCUGUACUAUGUUAGAGUUUUCUCAUGGAAGAACACGGGUACAUCAUGUUAAAUGUGAUUGUCCCUUGGAAGAGGAGAAUUGAGUUUUUGUGUGCGUGCGUGUGUGUAAAUAUAGCAGCAAGUAUACAUACCAUGUGAACAAUACAAAGGCACCAAGAUAUAUAUCAGUGGUGCAUGAUGAUGGACUAGGCAAAUGUAUUGUUAUCAUUUUUUUUGGAAGUUUUCAUUACAAUAGUUUGAGAGUUCU